AUUGUCGAUAAAAUAUACAGUGUAUGUAUAUAAAAAUAUACAUUACGUACAACGCCUUAUUAUGCACGGAUAGAUACGAAUACAAUAACUACAAAAAUGUAUAAUUCGUAUUUAUUUUUUUAUUUAAAAGGCGCUGUUUCACACCGACCUGUUUUGAAACGCGAGCGCAAAGGUUUCUGGGAGCUGUAGUAUAUCCUUGGCGGGAGACAGAGAUGGGACACUGUGCUGUUUCGCGCUGCUAUCAUUGCAGUGUUUUACCGUUGUGACUCAAAUACUGGCAGGUCUGUCGUUUCGUUUAAGUACUUUAAUGCUUUUCCUAUAUAUCCGUUAUCCGUUACUUUUUUCUUCUGGGCCAUUUUUAGACGGACACGUGUUCGUCUGUUCGCUGUUAGUCACUAGUAGUCAUGCUAGAACUCACUUUUUUGUUGAAGCUAGAGCUAUUAGUAAUGUGUAAACAGUAAGAAACGUUUGUAUUGUUUGCCCCUCCACUGUUGAAAUCCAGUGGGGAAAAGAGCGUCCUUUGUUAUUCAUGUUGGAGACCUGUUCUCGUGAAUGAGGAGUAAAUGUGGAUGGGACGUUUCCUGAGGGUAGCAGCAAGUCUCCUAAAAGAGGCUGGCUGUCGCCCCAGUGGUCCCAAACUCUGGCAGCUUCCUACCAAGAGAUAUUUCUCCUGCCUUCUGGUGCAUCGCCGCUCAGCGCUGCAGUAUCCAGCAGGAACACCUGCUUGGUGUCACUUCUAUGGAGGAUGGAAGUCUACAGUGUUGUUUCCUUUGUGCAGAACGUUGAAAAAAGACACAAAGUCUACAAUAGACGUCCCUGCUCAUCCAGUCACAGUGACCGACAUCAAGCAGUAUCUGCGGGCUAAGGGUGUUCCCUUCCACGAUGGCUAUAGUUGCUUACAUGCUCUCAGUAUUUUUGCGAAGCCAAAAUCAGAUGUUCUUGAAGGUGGCGGGAAAGAAAACUAUUCUAUGUUCAUUGACAAAACUACCGGACAGUUCCUCUGUAAAGAGACUCUGGUAGAAGGCAGCUGGGAAGACUUGCAGGACUGCCUGGAGGUGAUGCAGAAAGAGGGGCAGACAUGGAUCAGCCCUGACGUGCUGCUGAGCUACUCAGAGACCCUAGAGGAACAGGAAGAGAGGGAGAGGGACCUGAAGGAGGUACACAGAAUUUGGAGCAGCUCUGUGACUUUAUUGGAUCUCCUUGAGGAGGAGGCACAGCUUGUCAAAACCAUGUUCCAGAUGAAUAAGCUCACCAAUGCCACCCUAAAGAAGUUUGGGGUGAGAUUCUUUAAACCCACCAAAAGCCUGGUGUUCCCCUGGUUUAGUGGGAGAGACUCAAGCCUCCGUGGCAUAAAACUGCUAUCUGCUGCCACCAAGGAAGAUGGUCGGGUGGUCUAUACAGAAGCUACUGUUCCAAAGUCAUCCAGCUACCACAAUCUCUUUGGACUUCCUUUAGUGGGGCGAAAGGAUACAGAGGUGGUGCUCACAGGAAGUGAAAUCGACAGCAUGGCAGUCAGUCAGGCCACUGGUUUGCCCACUUUGGCGUUGCCAAGAGGUGUUAGCUGCUUGCCUCCAGUCCUCCUUCCAUAUCUGGAGCAGUUCAAGAAGGUCACGCUUUGGCUUGGUGGGGAUAUGCGCUCUUGGGAGGCUUCAAAAAUCUUUUCAAGGAAACUGGGACUGAAGCGUUGUUCUCUUGUGCGGCCUGGAGAAUUCCAGCCAUGCCCUAGUGAGGCACUGGGCCAUGGUAGAAACCUUGCACGUAUUGUUAAGGCCUCCAUCCCUGCCGCCCACAAGUCCAUAGUUUCCUUUAAGCAGCUCAGGGAGGAUGUUUAUGGGGAACUGGCCAACAUAGAGCAGGUGGCUGGAAUAAAGUGGGCCCGGUUUCCUGAACUUAAUCGACUCCUAAAAGGCCAUCGGAAUGGAGAGCUAACUGUUUUCACAGGUCCUACUGGAAGUGGGAAAACCACCUUCAUCAGCGAGUACGCCCUUGAUCUGUGCAUGCAGGGUGUUAACACGCUAUGGGGGAGCUUUGAGAUCAAGAAUGUGCGUUUGGCCAAAAUCAUGCUGACCCAGUUUAGUAUGCAGAGACUGGAGGAGAACCUGGAACAGUAUGACUCCUGGGCUGACAAGUUUGAGGAGCUUCCGCUCUACUUUAUGACCUUCCAUGGUCAGCAGAACGUUAAGACAGUGUUGGACACUAUGCAGCAUGCUGUUUACCUCUAUGACAUCAGUCAUGUGAUCAUCGACAACCUGCAGUUCAUGAUGGGUCAGGAGAACCUGUCUGUAGACAAGUUUGCUGUGCAAGAUCACAUAAUUGGAGCUUUCAGGAAGUUUGCAACAAACAAUAGUUGUCAUGUGACCCUGAUCAUCCACCCUAGGAAGGAGGAAGAUGACAAAGAACUACAGACAGCAUCCAUCUUUGGUACAGCUAAGGCUAGUCAGGAAGCCGAUAAUGUGCUCAUACUUCAGGAAAAGAAGUUAGUGACGUGUCCUGGCCGCAGAUCCCUGCAAGUGGCCAAGAAUCGCUUCGAUGGGGAUGUGGGCAUCUUUCCACUGGAGUUCAACAAGACCACACUUACUUUCUCUGCUCCAGUGAAGGGCAAGCAAAAACUGCGCAAGGUCAAAGUAGAAAAGACAGAGAAUCCAGAGCAAAUAGAGGAGGCUAAAACCAAAGAGAAGGCAGGGAAAGUCCUGAAGCCUACCAAAGCUCCUAAAGCUCCCAGAAGUGUAAAGGGGACAUCAGUUGGAAAGAGUGAAGAGAACGGAGAGGGCAAGAAGCAGCAGUAACGAGGUUAAACUGUGAAUACAAAUGUUAAAGAGAUUAUUCACUGUGAAACUGUUAAUGAAAGUGUUGGUUAACAAACAUUUUCGUCUACCUCAGAUUGUGAAUUUUACUGUAUUUUGCCUGUUACUGUAUUAUGUGCUAUUAGCAGACCUUUGAUGUUUGAGAUAGUGAUGGUCAUCACAUUUCUGCUACCGAAUUAGUAAAUAAUAAUUGAGGAUGGUUCCAGAAGGACUGAUUAGAUUAGAUAAAAAGAUUACUGCUCAUUUAUUUGUGUCGAAAUAUUCAAGCACAUUUGUUUGUUAAACAGUACCAAAUCUGUUAUGAUGUAAGUACUUACUUAAGAACAGAAACCAGAUCUAUUUCUAGAGAUCCUGGCAUUAAAUAAUAUCCACUUUUAUGGAUAAGCAUUUCAAAAUGUCUGGUGUUCACGUUCCGUUUAUUAUUAAUUGCACUAAAGAGUGUCUAAUUAUCUGAACAAAAUAAUGGAAAAAAGAUGGCUUUGUAGGGCUUUUAAAUGAAACUAUGUAUUAAUAAGAGUAAUUUUUAUGCAGUUUGUACUUUUUAAUAAAAACUUUUUUUUAGAUUUCAAUGUCUUUAUUCUCAAAAGGAAAUGAAGUUCCACU